CUCUCGAGCUCGCAAACAGUCGGUGAGGCUAUCUUUUGCAUACGUGAUAACGAAAUUCUUAGCGCGGCGUACCCACUUCCGUGCUUUGUCCUAAAUCCGGUUCUCUGCGCUACUGAACAGGCUAUCACAUGAAAAGAGCAGGAUGGCCUACUACAUACAGACAGUGGCGCCGAAUAGUGAUACGCGGACUGUAGGCAAACGGAGAUAGUGGCGAUCUAGAAGAAGAAUCGAGCGAAGGUGUGAUGUUUUUCUCGUCGAGGUGGUGGUGAUGCCGACGUUCGACCGCAGCCUUCCGUCCGGUCCGGUACGGUAGACUAUGUAGCCCGUAUGUCAUAGACGACAGCCAUAGAAAAAGAAUACUUCAAAAGGAACGCUGAACGCUCUUCUCUUCACGACGCAGCUUCAUUCCAUUAUCGCUACUAAUAAACUGCCAUCGAACCGCAAACGACAAUGGGUAACCAAAUCAGCCAAGCGUAUCCGCCCGCGGCCAAGUUUACGGAGACUUCGCUAGGCGACUUGAAAGGCAAGGUCUACAUCGUCACCGGCGCAAACGCAGGAGUCGGAAAAGAACUCGCGCGAAUCCUCUACUCGCGCAACGGCACCGUCUAUGUUGGUGCGCGGAACUCUGAGAAGGCGAAAGCAGCAAUCGCCUGGAUCAAGGAAAGCCAUCCCACCGCACAAGGCGCAUUGCACUAUCUGCACCUGGAUCUGAACGACUUGGAGGGCAUCAAGCCAUCAGUUGAGGAGUUCUUGAGCAAAGAGAAGAGAUUGGAUGUCCUGUUCAACAACGCCGGCGUAAUGGUGCCACCCCAAGGCUCCAAGACGAAACAAGGAUACGAACUGCAAUUGGGCACGAAUUGCGUUGCGCCAUUCCUCUUCACAAAGCUGUUGACCCCCUUGCUCGCUCAGACCGUAAAAUCAAGUCCGGCGGGAUCUGUCAGGGUGAUCUGGGUGUCGAGCUCUGCAGCACAUCUUGGCGCCCCCACCGGAGGCGUAGACCUGCAGAAUCUCGACUACCACGUCGACAAGUGGGCUAGCCAAAAGUAUGCUGUUAGCAAGGGCGGCAAUGUGCUACAUGCAGUUGAGUUCCAGCGACGGUACAAGCAGGAUGGUAUUGUUAGUGUGUCACUCAACCCUGGCAACCUAGCCUCAGAUCUACAACGGCAUAUUUCACCUCUUCAAGCCUUCUUUGUAUCCCUCAUGGUGUACCCGGCUGUAAACGGCGCCUACACGGAGCUCUUCGCCGGCUUGUCGCCAGAUGUCGCGUCUAUCAAGCAAAACGAGUGGGUCAUUCCCUUUGGUCGUAUAUGCCCGCUGCGCAAGGAUCUUGCUCAAGCUGGCCUUCUCGAGGAGGAUGGGGGAAGUGGGAUUGCCAAGAAAUUUUGGGAGUGGACUGAGGAGCAGGUUGCGCGGUAUGCAUGAGGGCGAGAGGGAGCUUGCUUUUGGGGUGGCUGCAGUAUAGGAGGGCGGGGUUUUGUGCGUUCCGGGCGUUUUCAAGAGAAUAGAGUGUAUUAUUAGGUUGCACGGAAUAUCCUUAAUCGUAUCUUCGCCAAUACAAGAUUUUACAAC